UGUAUUUUUUCCAAAACCUCUGAAUCGCCGCGUCUGUUUCCAACUUUACGUUACAUUGAUCGUCCGUAACGCUCGCCUGAUCGCCGGUCGCCAGUUGCCGCGGCGUACCCUUGCCGCGCGGACCGUUUUGACGCGACGCGAUUUCAUUUCAAAUUUUUUUUCGUUGUCAGCAGAAACAUGCCUAGAAGAAUUAUAUUUUCUGAUCAAAUUACAAAGAGACUUAUAAAGGAAGUGAGGAAACGAGAAUGCCUGUGGAAUCCUGACCACGACCGUUACAACGACAGAUAUCAAAUGGCUAAGAAUUGGAUGGAGAUAGCGGAACACUUGCAACAGCCAGAAGAGCGUCUACGAGUGAAAUGGAAGAAUCUAAGAGACUUAUUCAAGAAGGAAAUCAAGAAGUUCGGCCCCGUCGAUGCCUAUACCGGCAGGUGGAGGCACUUCGACAUGAUGAAGUUCAUCAGUCGGUCAUCAGGCAACGUGUCCAAGACAAACGAAGGCAGCGACGUAGAAACUAAAGCGGAAUUAAACACAGACGAAGAAGAAUACGAAUUCGAAGUGGAAGACGAGCAGGAACCAGAGAGGAACAAUGAGGUGGAAGUGUAUCUCGAUGAAGCUUACGAGGAGGAUCCCAUUCCCGACAAGAGAGCGAAGAUAACGACAGACGAGGACUACGAUGUGAUGUUUCUGAAGUCCCUCGCGCCAUACUUCAGGCAACUCGACCCGAUACGGAAGCUGGUGGUGAGGAGCAGGAUGCAAGACAUGCUGCUGAACGAGAUAGCAGCACAAACGUCCGCCAGCCACUGCCAGUUAAAGAACAGCUAGCAGUCAAAACCCGUGAAGGAUAAAGUGACAGAAAUAAAAGACACUUGAUAUUCCUUCACGUCAAGAACUUAGGUUGAUGGUAAUGUUAGAACUAUAGACAAUAAGUGAAUGCUUUAGCAUUUUAAUUGGGAUAGCAAUGAAGACUGAUUACGUGUAAAUAUAUGUUGAUUGCGUCUUAAAUACGUAAAUGGUGCUGUUUUAAAUGGAACUGUUGAAUUGAAGAUGUUUGAAUAGUUUGUAUGUAAUACAAUUGGAUGCCUUAGAUUGCAAUGGAUUAGAAUGUUGAACUUAGAUGCGUAGUUUCUCGAUAUUACCUCCAAAGGGUGCCUUUAUUGAUAUUGUAAAAAAGAUUUAAGUAAAUCUAAAGCACUGCCUGUCAUUAUACCUAUUAUUAACGCUUUUGAGUAACAUUGACACCAAAAUAGCCAGAUGUGUUUAUUAUUAUUUUUAUAUCUAUUUAAGCUGAUAUUGUGAAUCUAACUAAUUACAAUUAAAGCCAAUUAUUUAUGUCUAUACCAGAAUAAUAAUAUGAUAAUGAAAACUCGGACUAUAUAGUAAAAGUUGAUUUGUUAUUAAUUCUAACUUGUUACGUACGACCAAAAGUACAAACACUUUUGGUAAUUCCAUUAUUACGAUGUUAUCAUAAGUGGGUCCAAUAGCCAGCAAGUAACUUGCCGUCCCCGUUGAUAUACUUGAAUAAAAUAAGUCAUAAUUGUUCCCCACAGUCCUCGUUUUUCCACAUAUUUCUUUAGAAGAGCUGAUUGAGCGUUGACUGAACCACUGAUGCUCCUUCCAAGCUACAUCAACGCUAAUAUAACGAGCUUAAACACUUGGUUUGAACAGACAUUCCUCAUAAUGUCAGCCGCAUCCGUGCUUUGAAUAAACAACUUUUAUCAAGAAACAAAGUAUCCUAUAAUAUCAUCUGGUAAUCAAAACCUAUAUUCAUGUGUUCUCUUGGUGGAAGAUCUUUAAUAUGUACAGAGGAUUUAAUAUGACAAGGGACUGUGAAAGCUCGUUGUUAGGGGCUCUUCCACUUAUGGCCAUGUAGGCUUUCCUCUUUCAAAGCUGGAUCACAUAUAUAUCAGUACGGUUGUUCAGUCUGCUUCUCUUUCUUCCGUUGACUUCGGCGAAGUUACGAGCCGACAACCGAAGGUCUACCAUUUUUCAAGUAGUAUUAUCGAAGAUUAAAAUCGUGACCGCAUAUAAAAUACUAUUACUCCUUCUUACAACUGCAGUACCGUAAUGUAACGUUAGUAACCGUAAGUAAUGUUACGUUAGGAUGCGGUUACUUCAGUAUCUACCCCUGUUUAUAUAAGACGUUUUUUUUUAUCCUGGCAAUUAAGAGAACGUUUAUAGCAGUUGUCAUUUAGAGACCCUUCACAUUGCGCCGUCCAUGCUGUUAAUGUUAUGUAGGUGUACGGUCAUCGAAAACCGACGCUGUACAAAAGUGUGAAGGGAUCUUAUAGUUGAAUUCCAUGUAAGUUUGAUAUGUUAGUAAAA